GAAUCAGGGCAUCCAACAAUAGCAGACAAAUCCGAAAAUUCUGCUAGUUUGACUCAAACUAAUGAUAAGAUUGUUGUUAUUGAACAAAAAUUUAAUGCAUUCGAAGUUAUGUAUAUGGAGAGUCAACAUCAGUUCAUCGAAUCAUUUCGAAAUAUAGAUGAGCGUCAGAAGUCUUAUAUGGAUAAUAUUCAGGAAACGAUUAAAGAAAUCAUUGAAAAAUCAUUGGAACAAAACGAUCCUAGCAAAAAUACUGCAAUAUCGAGUGAUAUAAUGAAGGAAAGUAUCAGUCAAUGUCAGGCUGAAACUAUAAUUGAUUUUGCAGACAAACCAAUUGAUGUAGAAGCUUCUGAAAAAUGUCGAGAUAAAAAAUUGCCGGAACUUCACAAAAUAGAGCAAUGCAUGGUGGCCAAUGACUCAUCCAGCUAUAGCGAAGAUGAUGAUGGUGGAAGGAAAUUAACCUGUGAGGCGGAAGUAUACACAAUAUCACAGAAUGAACAAAGAAAUGGAUGUGAUCAGAAUGAUAGAAAGGAAACGAAGAAUCAUGUUAAAUCACUUAAAAAAACAAUCUCUAAAGACGUAGCUCUCCAUGAAUUUGAACAUAGACUGCUGCAAUUUGGGGUGGAAAUGGAUUCCGCUGGUUUGGCCACACCCCGAUCUUAUGAAAUAAAUCAAGACUUGGUCGAUGAAAGAAAGGAAAUCGGGAAAGCACACAAAUCAUUCGAAAAAACUCGGAAACAACUAAGAAAUGAAGUUGACCGUAUUGCUAAAGGAAAACUAGCAUCAGCGAGCAGUGCAACUAGCUUAUCAUCUUACCAAUCAGACCAUACUUUCGAUGAGAGCGAUGGGGAUGGGUCCAGAAAGACGACGAAAUUUUCUCGGCCAAAAUCUGCCAGUGUGCAAAAAAUGCGAAAGAGAAAUGCAAAAAAACUGGUGAACAAAUUUGUCGAAAAUGAUAUUGAUGAAAAUGAUUUAAUUGAUAAAAUGCAAAUGGCUCACAAGGCAAUAAACUCCCAUCGCCAAAGUAUACAGCAGUUGCUUGAAACAACAGCUCACUCACCAAGUUCGCUCGCCAAAUGCAAGUAUCCCUCUAUGGUGGGUGCAAAAAUGAAUGAUGACGGAGAUAAUGAUGAUUCGGGCAUAAAUCAAUACAAUAAAAUGCCAAACAUAACUACGAGACGGGUGGUUUUUGUGAACCUCGAUGAGGAUAGUUAAUUUUGAACUUCAGCAUUAUGAAUUUUGUGUGUAGUAGAAUUUGAGUUUGACAUUUGCUUUACGUUAAUUGCGUUUCAUUAAAUAAUUUUAUAAGUUUCCUUCAUUAUAUGAUUUCAAUAAACAUUGUAUUACAAACGAUUAUCAAAACCUUACAAAUUUUGAUUACCUGUCGAUAAAACGCCAUCUGCGGAAUUUCAUCGUUUUCAGUGAAACUAAAAACAAAAAUAAAGUGUCACGUACGCACACACGAACGCCAUCAGAACAUAAAACAUACUUUGCCACCAAAACAAAUGGACAUUUUGACAUUUAAUCCAAAGCACAAGAAAAAAACAUACAGAAUAGAAAAAAACCAACAUAUCGCUAUUCACACCAGUUGUUUUUGCGUAGUUUUUAGUACGGUCGACCAGUGAUACACUCACUGCCAGUGGCAUAUUUUUGCUCCAAUAAUUGUUUUCGAACCUUUUUUCGCUACAAAUUAAAUGCAGUGCAAUGGCAAGUAUUGAAAAAACUCAAAUCAACAACGGGUUAGACCAGCUAACGCUUAAUGGGAACAACCCUAGUCUACCAGAUGACUUUUAUCCAGCAUGUUGGCAGGAAGACGAGAGAAUGGAAAAUUUAUUUGCCCCAUUCCGUGACAAGUCCGUCAACCCGUUAAACUUCGAGACAAAAAUGAAAUUUUGGAAGAAUCUAAUACAGGAAUAUUGCAUGACCAAGGGCAACCCAACGAUAUCACUUGGCGAACUACGAACAGCAUUUCAACGAAAGGGAAAAAAACCAUAUUGCUUGGACACAGUUCUUGAAGAACUGUUGCUAGCCGAUAAUUUAGUCAAAGCAAAGACACAAUUCAUGCUUGAGACACCAAUUCUUUCUUGGGCUGGCUGGGCGGUUAGCAAACUGGUGAAAGCACCAUUGCGCUGGGGAUUUGACCGAGUCAAAGAAAGAGUAAUUUCAACAACAAACAAUGGAAAUUCUGAUGAAAGUAGUGAAUAUGUGAUCAUUGAAGUAGCCAAGGUCAUUGCUGAAAAACUACUGGUCACAUUCAAUGCAACCAAUGAAUGUCACACUAUCAUUUCCAAAGAUGACUUGAUUAAACAACUCACAGAAAACAAGCUCUUUAAUUUAGAUGGAAUUGAAGUGGCUCUGCACUAUUUGUAUUGUCAACAGAAAGCGUCGAUCCAAAAGACUCAAAUUGAUAAACAAGAAGUCACACUCUACAAAUUUGCAGUUGCUUCAAAUUGUACAGUUGAGCCAAUUUCACCAUUAGAUACAUCAAUUUAUACACUAAAUAAAAUGGAAAAAUCUCUAACGAAAUCCGUUGAAGCCAUCGAGGUAGACAUCAACAAUACGGAUACAUUGGUUAGACAAUACAUUCGGGACAAGAAGAAGCAAUUGGCAAAAAGUUUUCUUCGUAAAAAGCAUGUACUUGAAAGGAAUCUAGUGAAAACGUCUAAUGCUCUUACCACAAUUCAAACACUGCUACUUCAGAUCGAUGAAACAAAACAAAACGCAAAGAUUGUCGAAGCUUUCAAAAUGGGAACGACAACAUUAAAAAAUGCACUUGGUGAUAAAAAUAUCACUGUUGAUAAUGUGGAAGACGCCCUGGCCGAUGUUAAAGAAAUUCUGGAAACUAAUGCUGAUAUUCAGUUUGCAUUGAGUGGAGCUCAAUUCAAUGAUAUUAUAAACGAUGGCACAGACGACGCAACGCUAGAAAACGAACUCAUGGACUUGUUGGAGGAUGAUGAACAACUCGAUUCCCGUUCAGAUGCCCAGCCACAGCAACCCGAAGGAAUCACUACCGAAUACAGAAGUAACCCAUCUAAAGGGCUGUCAAAGCCUAACUCACCAACAACAAUUACGAAUGUCAUUGAUGAGUUGCUUGAAGAACGACUGAACAAAUUAAAACUGAGCGUUGAUUCGAAUGAUAAUCCACAGAUGAAAAUAUAUAAUGCUUCCAAAGCACAAAAUAUUGGAUUGUGAGCAUUUUUUCCAUAAACCCCAAAUAAUGUUAUGAAAGCUGUAAUGUGAACCACUAAAUUUCAUAAAAUUGUGUUUCUUAACUCGAUAAGACGA